AGGGGUAAGGGAGAGAGAAGUCACUCACAGUCACAGGGGGGGAGGGGGGGGGAGAGAGAGAGAGAGAUGUUCGAUGGAGCGCCAGAGCAGUUCCACCAUCUCAUAGCUCCCAGAAACUCAUCACUUCCCUUCCCUCCUUUCGAUGCGCAUAACCCUUCUCCUCAUCAUCAUCUCUUGUCCCCGUUGCACCACAAGGAUGAAGAACGCGAGCAGGAAGAAGCUUGCACCAACUUGGAGAUUCAUGGAAGACAACCACAACCGGCCCAGCAUGAGCUCCUCGAUUCCCCCUGGACCGACGAUGAAGUGCUUGCUCUUCUGAGGAUCCGAUCUAGCCUCGACGCUUGGUUCCCUGAACUCACCUGGCAACAUGUUUCGAGGAAGCUUGUAGACCUUGGAUUCAAAAGGAGCGCAGAGAAGUGCAAGGAGAAGUUUGAAGAAGAAACUAGCUACUUGAACAACAUUCAUUACACUAAGAACAACAGUUGUCACUUUAUUAGUGAGCUCGAACAGCUUUACCAGCCACAGCAAGCGCAUCAAAUCCCCAGGGUCGAAGUUGAGGUUAGGUGUCACGAGAGCAAGCAGCCAUCAGAAAAGUUGACUGAUCAAGAACUACAUAGCAAGACAGAUCAUACUGUAGAAGAUGGCCCCAAAAACGAUGCAACACUGACCCAAAAAUGCGAGAAAAGAGCGAAAACAUCAAAACUCGGGAAGCUAAAGAGGCACGAUCAGUUUGAGAUUUUAAAGGGUUUUUGUGAGAACGUCGUGAAGAAAAUGAUUGCAAAGCAAGAGCAGAUGCACAAUAGGCUACUGGAGGACAUGAUGAGAAGAGACCAGGAAAUAUUCGCAAGAGAGGAAGCUCGAAAGAAACAGGAGAUGGAUACGGUGAACAGGGAGCUCGAAAUGAUAGCGAAAGAGGGGGCUGUGGCAGGGCAAAGGCAGGCCGCCAUUAUUGAUUUAUUGAAGAAAAUUUCAGACCACCAGAGCCAUCCCAUGAAAACGGUAUCGGUGGAUGAUCCGAAUCCAACUUCUGUGACUACUUCUUGCCCGUCAAACUCCAAAAACCCUAAUCCGUUUUGUAAUUACAGCGGCAAGAGCAAUCCUGAGCCGCUGCCACGCGGGGUUCGAAACCGCGCAAGUGAAGGUGUAGAAGAUCAGAACCCUGAUAAUUCGAGUGAAGUUCCUGAUGCAAUGAUCAGGCAGUCAAAUGGGUGGAGCAAGAGAAAAGCAUGGGCACAAAAUUGUGUGGUGAGAGAGAAGGAAGAGGUGGGAAGAAGAUGGCCGAUGGAGGAAGUGAGGAUGCUAAUAAAGCUGAGAUGCAGUGCCAAGGAAGAGAGAGAAGGAGGGAGCAACAGGGUUCCGGUGUGGGAGAGAAUAUCGGAAGGAAUAAGGGAGAUGGGGUACGAGAGGAGCGCUAAGAGGUGCAAAGAGAAAUAGGAGAACAUAAGCAAGUACUUCAGAAAAACGAAGCAUCUGAGCAAGAAGAGGUCACUGGAUUCUACAACAUGCCCUUACUUCCAUCAACUCUCUUGCUUGUAUUCUCAACAGCUCCCUCCUUAGCAUUUUCUUCAUUUCUCCUUUUUCCACUUCUCCCAGCAGCUUUUAUGUAAUCAUAUGAUGCUCCUAUGAUCCUAUCUCUCCUCCUUUCUACUGUUAUUAAUGCUCGAGUGUGUCUCAACACUUAUAUACAUUUUCCUCUUGGCCUUGGGUGAGCACCUAAAAUAUAUUUCUCCCCUUCUGUUGCAUUAA